AUCGUGGACAUCAGUGUUCCACUUGUCAUUCCCCCUGCGCAUUACUUUGAGACCAUUUCCAGAUUCUUUCUUGAUAUUUUAUCUCCCUUGGCUCGCUCCUGUGAGCCGCCGGACUCUGAACAGCCAUGCCCGUCGUCAAAGGAGGUGUCUGGACCAACAUUGAGGAUGAGGUGCUUCGUGCGGCGGUGUCCAAGUAUGGUAUGAAUCAGUGGGCUCGCGUAUCCUCUCUCUUAGCACGGAAGACACCCAAGCAAUGCAAGGCGCGGUGGGUGGAAUGGCUGGAUCCUGGUAUCCGCAAAGUCGAGUGGUCGAGGGAGGAGGAUGAGAAGCUGUUGCACCUGGCCAAGUUGAUGCCCACACAAUGGCGUACAAUUGCGCCCAUUGUAGGGCGAACGGCAACACAAUGCUUGGAGCGCUACCAGAAGCUGUUGGAUGAGGCUGAAGCUCGGGAAAAUGAUGAGCUGGGCCUGGGAGGUCCUUCCGGGGCAGAGGCUGCUGCCCCCAGUGCGGACGACGUCCGCCGACUACGCCCUGGUGAACUGGAUCCCGACCCGGAAUCGAAACCCGCUCGUCCCGAUACGAUCGACCUUGAUGAAGAUGAGAAGGAGAUGCUGAGUGAAGCGCGUGCCCGUCUAGCAAACACACAGGGAAAGAAGGCCAAGCGGAAGGCCAGAGAACGACAGUUGGAAGAGUCGCGACGACUGGCUGUCCUUCAGAAACGACGUGAACUCAAAAAUGCUGGCAUUAAUAUCAAGGUCGUUACUCGCAAGAAGGGCGAAAUGGACUAUAACGCCGACAUUCCCUUUGAGAAGCCUGCGGCACCUGGCUUCUACGAUACCACAGAUGAACAAGGUCGAAACGAGAGGCAACGGGAGAUGUUCGAUCCUCGCAAGCAACAACUCGCGAAUAAACGGAAGGGUGAUCAGGACGAAGACGCGGAACGGAAGAAACGGAAGAACGACAAGAAUAGCAACUCCGCCGCAUUCGCAGCUGCCGCUCGCGCUGGCCAGAUGCAGAAGAUCAGGGAGGCCGAGCAAAGCAGCAAGCGGAGGGCGCUUGUGCUUCCGAGCCCCCAGGUCAGCGAGGGCGAGAUGGAAGACAUCAUCAAGAUGGGCAUGGCGGGUGAUAGGGCCAGUAAGAUGGCAGGUGAUGAGGAGGGAGCUCGAGGCUUACUCGGUAACUACAAUGCGAUUGUUGGUGGGACACCUAUCAGGACACCCAGAGCACCCCCGCAGGAGGAUCACAUUGCAAACGAAAUUCGAAACAUCAAGGCUCUCACCGAAACCCAAUCGUCUCUGUUAGGUGGAGAGAAUACUCCCCUUCACGAGGGCGGGGCUACUACUGGAUUCGAUGGAAUUGCCCCUCGCCGCCAGGAAAUCGUCACUCCCAACCCUAUGGCCACCCCAUUCCGACAAGCCAACGGCGUCGGCGCUACACCUAUGCGCGGCGGUAUCGGGCCCGGCGCUACUCCGCUGCGGACGCCUCGAGAUCAUUUUGCGCUCAAUCAGGCAGAGGCCGGGCAGCUUAUCGGCAGCACCCCCCGUGAUAUCAAGAUGUACGAGAAGAAUGCACGUCAGACCAUUCGCGGCAAGCUGGCUGCUCUUCCCAAACCCAAAGAGACGGAGUGGGAGCUUGAGGAACUUCCCACGGAGUCCAAUGAGCCCUCGGUAGCCGCUGAGGAGACCGAAGAAGAUGCGGCUGAACGUGAUAGGAGAGAAAGAGAAGCGCGAGAACGCGCCGCCCAGGCCGAACUCAAACGUCAGACACAAGUAUAUCAGCGCGCCCUACCCCGACCAAGCGUUCUCGAUAUCGAUGCGAUGCUGGAUCGGGUAUCACAUAUCACGGAGCCCAUCUCUGCAUUAAUUGCGAAGGAAGCCGCCCUCUUGAUCGCCCACGAUGCCCGCAAGUUCCCUGUUCCUGGUGCUAAAGUGGAGGGCAAGGCACGGAAACUAGAGCGACUUGACGACAGUUUGAUUGAGCAGGCCCGUGCAGUGGUCGCGGCGGAAGCCUCGACAUCCGGAAAGCUCGAGGAAUGGCAAGAGAACUUUGAUAAGCAGUGGUCAAACAAGCAUUCAGAUGUUCUCCCUGGCCUUGCCAAUUAUACCGACGAGGAGGAAGACGUCUUCCAACAAGAGCAGCGCAUGAUCAGCGCUUUUGAUAACGAACAAGCCUCAUUGCUGGCCACAGCUGAGCGAGGAAACAAGCUGGAGAAGAAGCUUGCGUUACACUAUGGUGGCUAUCAGAACCGGGCGAAAACGCUUCGCACGAAGAUCGUCGAAGCCAGCGAUGCACUUCAAAGAUCGAAGGAUGAACUAGAUGCUUUCCGGACUCUCCAAAUCUCAGAAGAGUCGGCGCUCUCGCGAAGGCUAGAGAAGCUUCGAGACGAUGUUGCUUUCGUCAUGAGGAGAGAACGUGAGGCGCAGGACCUCUACAAGAGCAGGAAGGAUGAGCUGGAUGAGCUGAUGACAGGCACGGGGGGCAUGAAAUUGCCUUGUAUCGAAAGAAUAAAUCGUCCCUCGAGCACCAUGGGCGGCAGGGACGAAACCGGCACACCGGACCCUGUUGAGAAAGGGUUCGCCACCCUCAGUACCAUCCGGAUCGGUGUGAAAGCUAUGGUACAGAAAGAUGGAGAGUUACGGAAAGCGGAAAUCUUGUCUAUAAAGCAGCGAAAAGACGGCCCUUCCUUUUAUGUCCAUUAUGUUGAUUUCAACAAGCGUCUUGAUGAGUGGAUUGCCUCAUCACGUAUCGACUUGUCGCAUGAAGUUGAAUGGCCCCAGCCAGAGAAACCGGAGAAGAAGAAAGCCGGCCCCGGCAACAAAGCGCCCAGCAAGAACACGCAGAAACGCGCCAGAGCCGAGAGCCGCGAUGUCUCAGCCACCCCGGAUCUCCUCACGGGGAAGAACGCCAACGUCGGCAAAGCCCAGCGUCCCUCCAAGGCGGGUGGGAAGGAGAACCGCGGCGAUGAGACGCCGGCCAACCUCUCCAUCGGCGGCGGCUCCGAGGCCGUCUCCGCGGACGGGACCCCCAAGCCGGAAUCCGACGACGUGGACAUGGUCGAUGUCAGUUUCUCCAAAGACGUCAAGGAAGAAGAGAAAGCGCUGGGCCUCAUGUCCCGCGAAGAGGAGAUCGAGCGGCUGCGGACCAGCGGCAGUAUGACGCAGAACCCGACGGAGAUCCACCGCGUGCGGAACUUGACGCGACUGCAGAUGGGCAAGUACGACGUUGAGCCGUGGUAUUUCUCGCCCUACCCGGCCUCGUUCUCGGACGCGGACAUUGUGUACAUCGAUGAGUUCUGCCUGGGGUACUUCGACAACAAGCGGUCGUUCGAACGCCACCGCUCCAAGUGCACGCUGGUGCACCCGCCCGGCAACGAGAUCUACCGGGACGACUACAUCUCCUUCUUCGAGGUCGACGGGCGCCGGCAGCGCACCUGGUGCCGGAAUCUCUGUCUGCUCAGCAAGCUGUUCCUGGACCACAAGACGCUCUACUACGACGUCGACCCCUUCCUGUUCUACUGCAUGUGCAGCCGCGACGAGACCGGCUGCCAUCUGGUCGGCUACUUCUCGAAGGAGAAGGAUUCCGCCGAGGGCUACAACCUGGCCUGUAUCCUGACGCUGCCCCAGUACCAGCGUCGAGGCUACGGUCGUCUCCUGAUCUCGUUCAGCUACGAGUUGAGCAAGCGAGAGGGCAAAUUGGGCUCGCCUGAGAAGCCCCUCAGUGAUCUGGGUCUGCUGGGCUACCGACAAUACUGGCGAGAGACGCUCGUGGAGAUCCUCAUGGAGUCUGGACGGGAGAACAUCAGCGAACACGACCUAUCCUUGCAGACCUCCAUGACCGAGAAAGACGUCCAUGAAACACUGGUCGUGUUCAACAUGCUUAGAUAUCAUAAAGGCAACUGGGUCAUAGUCCUCACCGACCAAGUGGUCGAAGAGCACAAAAAGCGUCUCGAAAAGGAAAAGCUCAAGGGGGCUCGCAAGAUCGAUCCCGCCCGCCUGCAAUGGAAGCCGCCAGUCUUCACUGCCUCAUCGCGCACGUGGAACUGGUAAGGCGGACGUGGUGCUGUGUGUGGCCUUGCCAUCAGGUUGCCUAUGGUCAAUGAUCUAAACAAGACUUUUCUAGCUCGCCAAGUAAAGCGAGGAUUGAUACCCCUCUUCGCCUCCCUUCUUCAUUUACGAAUUUUGUUCUCUCGGAGUUCGGUGCUGCCUCUUAAAAAUAAUUUGCCUUUGUUUCUGUCCGGGGUGUUUGGUGAUCUUAUGGUGUUGAAGAGGAAACCGGGGUGUUUUUUUUUUCUCUCUAGUUGAGCCUUUUUUUUUUUUGACGGUGUAAUUUUACGAUCUUAUAGUCUUUGGAGCAAGGAACAGGUGAUGUUUCGCUA